AGCAGAGCUGCUGUUUCAGCGUCUGUCCCAAACUCCUCAAAGCUCUGUGAUACUUUCACCCUGCAGCAGCACACAGAGGGCCAGCAGGACUGCAGCUAACACCUGGCUGCUCCUCCCGUGCAUGGCCGCCGUCCUACUCGCGCCCUGGAAAAGAACCGGAAAAACGACCUAAAGUGAGGUGAAGGAGAGGAGAAACGCAGGAGGAUAUCUGAAAAAAAAUGGCAGCUGUACCUCUCCACACUUUCUAUGUCACAGUGUUCCAGCUGUGCUUAUUACACCUGGCCAACGGAGGGGCUUAUUACGGACCUAAGCAGCCCCCCCCGCAGCCCCAGCCCCCGCCCUUGCCACAGUAUAACGAUGGGUUUCCUCAGCAGCAGUUUUUGGGGAACGAGAUGCCACACCUGCCUUAUGGCAAUGAAGGGCCAUUACUGCCUCAGUAUGGAAAGGAUCUUCCUCCACUGCCUUUACAAAAGGGCAUAGAGAGGCCAAUGAAUGCAGGCAAAGGCCAAACAUUCUUCAGAGGGGCGAAAGGCCCUCCUCCACCUCGUCCUGUUGAAGGUCUCAGAGAGGGACCACAAGGAAUUCAGGGCCCCCCAGGACCGCCAGGACCACAAGGACCACACGGGCUACCAGGCCAGGCAUUGUCCGGGCAACCAGGGAAGCCUGGGCCGCCUGGUCCUCAAGGAUACCAAGGACUCAGUAAACCUGGCAUGCCAGGAUUGCCAGGAAAACCUGGAGGGCCUGGAUUACCAGGACCUAAAGGUGACCUUGGUUCUAAUGGUGGUGGAGGAUCAACUGGACUUCCUGGGCCUCCCGGGCGCCCAGGUCCCCCUGGACUUCCAGGGAUUUUGAAACCAGGAGGUCAGGGACUGCCAGGCCAGCUUGGUCGUCUAGGGGAGCCUGGCCAUAAAGGUCCACCUGGGUUUCCUGGUCCUUCAGGUCCCAAGGGAGACAGAGGGUACGGUCAACCUGGUUUACCAGGUUUGAAAGGACCGAGCGGACCACCAGGUCAACCUGGCAAUACGGGCGGCCCCGGGUUUGGAAAACCUGGCAUGAAUGGUGUCCCUGGACAACCAGGAAUACCAGGAAAAACUGGUACUUCUGGAGAGUCAGGACUGGCGGGGCCUACUGGUGAAAGAGGCCAACCGGGACCAGCAGGCUUGACAGGAAUUGGAAAACCAGGAAAUGAUGGUUUCAGAGGGCAGCCAGGGCCCCCUGGAGGGAAAGGGGAAUCGGGCCCUCACGGUUUACCAGGGGGUCCAGGCAUGCCAGGUUAUGGUAAACCAGGGUUUCCAGGACCUAAGGGUCACAUUGGACAUGGUGGUCUUACUGGACCUCCGGGCCUAAAAGGAGACAAAGGUCACGGAGGUCUUCCAGGGGUCAUCGGUCCUAAUGGUCCUAGCGGAAUGCCCGGGCCACCGGGACCAAUAGGGGUUCCUGGUAGUCUCGGGUUCCCGGGGCAAAAGGGAGAGGAUGGAUUUGCGGGACAAAAAGGAAAUCCAGGAAUGAAGGGUGACAUAGGCCCCCAAGGUCUUCCAGGACAGUCGGGUUUCUCAGGCGGGGAAGGACAACCGGGGCCGAGAGGUUUUCAAGGACCCAUUGGCCCUAAAGGAGAAGCUGGUAUGAGGGGUUCACCUGGUACCCCUGGUGCCGCAGGGUUAACUGGACCGAGGGGAGCGGCGGGACAAACUGGAGGGAAAGGCUACCAGGGACAACAAGGUAUCCCAGGGCUUACAGGACCAGGGGGACCACUCGGACCUCCUGGGAUGCCAGGGCCAAAAGGUGAAACGGGCCUACCCGGUAAACCUGGCUAUCCUGGUGAGGGAAAACUAGGACCCUCUGGUAAUAUUGGUCCUCAAGGUAACACUGGGCCAAGUGGCCCUACUGGACUUACAGGACAACCUGGACAACCCGGACUCCCCGGUCCUCCAGGACUGCCUGCUGGAUCUCCUGACAUCGGACAGGUCCUCCCCGUGACCGGCCCAUACCCUGGCACAAAACAAGGUUGGAAGAAAAAUGGAGGCGACAUAGGUGGAAAUGGCGUCGAGAUGCCUGCGUUCACAGCAAAGCUCACUACUCCGUUCCCGCCUGUAGGAUCUCCUGUCAUAUUUGACAAACUCCUGCACAAUGGAAAUCAGAACUACAACCCCCAAAAUGGUGUUUUUACCUGUAGCGUACCAGGGGUCUACUAUUUUGCUUACCACGUCCACUGCAAAGGGGGUAACGUGUGGGUAGCACUGACGAAGAACAAUGAGCCAGUGAUGUACACAUACGACGAAUACUCAAAGGGCUUGCUGGAUCAGGCAUCGGGGAGCGCAGUACUCCCGUUACGACAAGGAGACACCGUGCAUAUACAGCUGCCGUCCGACCAGGCCUCAGGACUUUACGCCGGUCAAUAUGUCCACUCUUCGUUUUCCGGAUUCUUAUUGUACCCCAUGUAAAAAAUGGCAACAAGAAUGACACAUUCAUGCUAUUUUGUACCAUGUUUGUGUUCAAACUACUAUAGUCUUAAAGGUACAAUGUAGGUCCUGGUAAAAGGUUUACAAUCAGGUUUGGCAGAAUAGACUUUUGAGAUAAAGUAACAACAUACUCCAUUGGAUAUUUCUUUGCAUUUCCUACAUCACAUACACCAAUGGAGUCCAUAAAAGUGAUGCAGUUAUUGAACGAUGACCAGAGUAUUUCCAUUGUAUGAAUAUAUCUGGUCCUUGUCUAAUAUAUGUAAGAGAUGUUGGAGAGCAGCGGUAAAAAAAUGUACCUCAAAAUAUCUCAAUUGUCAUAGUUAUCGUAUGUUUACAUUGUGCAUUUAUUCUUAUAUCCAUCUACACACAAUAUAUCAGUGUUCAUGUCAGGGCCUGGUAAUUCCUGAAGCAUUAAGGCUUUAAGUCGUAUUCACUUUUCCCUCAUUUUUCGCUGUAUACUGGGCACAUAAGAACAUAUCGGUUUUGAUGUACAAUGACUUCACUUACAGCUAUCAGUACCGAACGCUGGGUAAUCAUACAGUUAUUAAGUUAUUGAAAGUCUUUUUCUAUUAUUUUAAGAAAUGUAAACAUAUGAAUUUGACAUUAAAAUAAGAAUAACUACAUGGUCAUGUUUUACUUCUCAUUUUGUCCAAGGUUGGCAGUUGAACUAUCCUGGAAUAUUUGCUUUUGACAAAUCGAUGUCAUGAUUUGUUUUAGUUUUUUGUUUGACAUCAAUUCUUUAAAAGGUUGUUGUCACUUUGUCAGUACUCUCUGUAAUUUAUUUGUUUGACUACUGAUUAUUUGGGAUUGUAUUAAUUUGUGUGUGUUAACAUUAAAUGAUGGAAUUAAUUUGAAGAUGCAGAUCAUAAAUGUUCUGUGGCAAAACAUAACACAAACAUUCAAAAAACAUAUUUUCAUAGUCAUACCCAAUAAAACCAUGUGUCAGUUUAUUUUUUUAUUUUGUACUGUAUUUCUUUAAACUGUGGAUGUGCCAUUUUUGGAAUGAAAUUCUUAUUUGUUCUUACCUAUUUUAAUUUUCUUUGGACAAUGAUGAACAGCAUUACAUGGGAAACUGCCUUAAAUAUGUGAAUUGUGUUGCUUUGAUUGAUAUUGUUCUAAUAAAAAAACAUUUGUCCUGAC